GUUCGUUCUCCAGCAGGGGGCUCCGCGCCGGGCAGGAGGGAGAAGGCAGCCCACGCCGGCCCUUGGGCGCCCCCUACCGCCACCACGCAAGCGCUACAGCUCCUUCUAGGAGCUCGCCGGACCCGAGCCCGCCUCUCGUCUCCCAUUGGCUGUCCGCUAUUCUCCCGCCCCCCCCUCCGGUUCUCAGCCACUCAGAACCUCUUGGCGGGCGGGGCUUUCAGCAGGGGGCGGAGCGUCGGCUCGGAUUGGCUCCGCUGAAGACGACGACGUGGCUGAAGGAGGCCGGACCAUCAGCACGUGCCCAUCGACAUCCAGACCAGCAAGCUGCUCGAUUGGCUGGUGGACAGAAGACACUGCAACCUAAAAUGGCAAAGCCUGGUGAUGACCAUCCGGGAGAAGAUCAACGCUGCCAUCCAGGACAUGCCGGAGAGCCAAGAGAUUGCCCAGCUGCUCGCGGGGUCCUACAUCCACUACUUCCACUGCCUACGAAUAGUGGACCUUCUUAAAGGUACCGAGGCCUCCACCAAAAACAUUUUUGGGCGGUACUCUUCACAGCGGAUGAAGGAUUGGCAGGAGAUCGUAGGCCUGUACGAGAAGGACAACACCUACUUAGUGGAGCUCUCUAGCCUUCUGGUCCGGAAUGUCAGCUAUGAGAUCCCCUCGCUGAAGAAGCAGAUUGCCAAGUGCCAGCAGCUGCAGCAGGAGUACAGCCGCAAGGAGGAAGAGGGCCAGGCCGGGGCCGCUGAGAUGCGGGAGCAGUUCUUCCACUCGUGCAAACAGUAUGGCAUCACGGGAGACAACGUCCGCAGAGAGCUUCUGGCCCUGGUGAAGGACCUGCCGAGUCAGCUCGCUGAGAUAGGUGCAGGAGCGCAGUCCCUGGGGGAAGCCAUCGACCUGUACCAGGCCUGUGUGGAGUUUGUGUGCGACAGCCCCACAGAACAGGUGUUACCCAUGCUGCGGUUCGUGCAGAGAAAGGGCAACUCAACAGUGUAUGAGUGGAGGACGGGGACAGAGCCCUCUGUGGUGGAGCGGCCCCAACUAGAGGAACCUCCUGAGCAGGUGCAAGAAGAUGAGAUCGACUGGGGCGAUUUUGGGGUGGAGGCCAUUCCUGACUCUGGCAUCUCUGCAGAGACCCCUGGAAUAGACUGGGGUAUCUCCCUGGAGUCGGAGUGCAAGGAUGCUGGGGGUGACAAGAUAGACUGGGGCGACAACACGGCUGUUUCAGAGAUCACUGUGCUGGAGACGGGAACCGAGGCUCCAGAGGGUGUUGCCAGGGGCUCAGACGCUCUGACUCUUCUCGAAUACCCUGAGACCCGGAAUCAGUUCAUCGACGAGCUCAUGGAGCUUGAGAUCUUCUUGACCCAGAGAGCAGUGGAGAUGAGUGAGGAGGCUGACAUCCUGUCUGUGAGCCAGUUCCAGCUGGCUCCUGCCAUUCUCCAGGGCCAGACCAAAGAGAAGAUGCUCAGCCUGGUAUCCACACUGCAGCAUCUGAUUGGCCAGCUCACCAGUCUCCGGAUGCAGCACCUGUUUAUGAUUCUGGCCUCACCAAGGUAUGUGGACCGAGUGACAGAGUUCCUUCAGCAAAAACUGAAGCAGUCGCAGCUGUUGGCUUUGAAGAAGGAACUGAUGGUGGCGAAGCAGCAGGAGGCGCUUGAGGAGCAGGCCGCUCUGGAGCCCAAGCUGGACCUGCUGUUGGAGAAGACCAGAGAGCUGCAGAAGCUGAUUGAAGCUGACAUCUCUAAGAGGUACAGUGGCCGUCCCGUGAACCUGAUGGGGACCUCUCUGUGACGCGCUCCCUCUGUGUCUUCGGUCCUGCUGCCCAGCCUCCCCGUGGGGUGGGACAGCCCAGGCUCUUCCUGGGUCUCACCAGCAAGAAGCCAGGACGACCUGGGGACUGAG